UUAAUAGUUAUUCUGUUACAGAUUAGACUGGUUAACAGUCGCUGAGACGCCGAGUGCCGAUAGUCGAAUAGUCGAUAAGGGUGUAGUGUAGACUGUUGAAGUGUAGACGAUCGACGGUGUAUUGUCAUUUAUUCUGUGGAACUGUGUAGUUAUUUUCAACUUACACUUUUUAACCACGUAAAUCGAAACCUACUACCGAUUUCUAAUCAAUUUUCACUUCUUAGACAAAUGUAUAGUCAUUUGUUUUCAUUCAAUUACGGUUGAAUGAUGUGAUAGAUCCGUCUAUACAGUAUACGUCAUGUAACACUGCGCGGUAUAUUAAACUGUUGGUUGAACAUUUGGCUCAUGAAAAAUCUGAAAAAACCUAACCAUGCAGUCUGAUUCGGAUGAUCGUCUGAGAUUUCAUGUGCGGUGUGGCACGUUAGUAAAACUUUCACCGAAUAAUAGAUCAGCUAAGCGGCUGAGAGCAUAUGAUGAAUUUAAUAAUGGUGUUGUCAUGACGAAUAGAAAUAUAUUCGACGAUGAACUGUUUGAGAUUCGCAUUGAUAAACUUGUAGACAAGUGGAGUGGUAGUGUUGAGGUGGGUGUGACUAUUCAUGAUCCAGGAGCUAUUCCAAUACCAUCAACAAUGACUAAUUUGAGGACUGGUACUUCAAUGAUGUCUGGCCGUGGUAUAUUGGCUAAUGGUAAAGGAAUUAGACGAGAAUACGGGGAUUUCAAUCUGGACGAUUUGAAGGUUGGUGAUCGUAUCGGUUUGAUACGAAAGCGAAAUGGUGAUCUACAUUAUUACAUCAAUGGUCUUGAUCAAGGAGUAGCUGUUUCUAAUUUACCCUCCAAAGUAUGGGGUGUAGUUGAUAUGUAUGGCAGAACGGUUAAAGUUACUAUUGUUGAUCGCGAUGUUAAUGAAGAAAAAAAUUUGUUAACAAGGCUAAGCAAUUCAUUAACCUUGUCUAAUGAAAAUCAAAUAGUCAAUGAAGAUUUACUCGAAUUCCAUCCAAUGUGCGGUGCACAUACUCUAGUCAUUAAUAAUAAUACCGUUGCUUAUAGACCAAAUGCGUUAGAUGAUUUUAAUAAUGGUGUUGUGUUAACUAAGCGUCCUCUACGUUUAAAUGAAUUAUUUGAAGUACGUUUGGACCGUCUAGUCACUAAAUGGGCAGGUUCAAUAGAAAUUGGUGUAACAACACACCGUCCGGGAGAUAUUGACUAUCCUUUAACUAUGACAAAUGUACAUUCUGGUACUUGGAUGAUGACCGGUGUAGGAAUUAUGCAUAACGGCAUUACAGUUGUCAAUCAAUAUGGAGUAAAUUUAGAUACAUUAAGGGUAGGAGAUCGUGUUGGUGCUAUGGUCAAAUCAAAUGGUUCUUUAUACUUCUAUGUAAAUGGCAUAGACCAAGGAGAGGCAGCUAAAAAUAUUCCAACAGGGGUAUAUGGUGUUGUUGAUCUAUACGGACAAGCAGCACAAAUUACUUUAUGUCGUGAUAAUGUUGAUCAAAUUUCUCCAUACAAAAAUAAUGUUAGAUUCUUUCCAAAUCAUGGAAAAAAUGCACGCAUAGUUCCUGGGUCACGUGGUCGUACAUCUGACAGAUUAUAUUGUGAAUAUGAAUUUAGUCAGUCAAUUGUUCUAGUCAAUCAAAUGUUACAAGAUGGUGAAUUAUUUUCUGUUAGUGUGGAUAAACUUAAUGACCGGUGGUCAGGCUCAAUAGAAGUUGGUGUUACUACAAUUCCCCCAAAUAUCCUAUCUGCUGAUCUACCUAAUACCAUGACAGAUUUAGAUCACGAUACUUGGGUUUUAUCUGGAUGUACAGUGAUGAAAGAUGGGUUAGCAAUUAAAUACAACUAUUCACUAGAUUUGGACAAAGUUAAAGUUGGUUCUGUGGUUGGUGUAAUGAGACAUAGCAAUGGUUAUUUACAUUAUUUUUUGGAUGGGCAUGAUCAAGGGGUAGCUUGUACCAGUGUACCUCCAAAUUUAUAUCCAGUGAUUGAUAUAUAUGGCCGAUGCACUCAAGUUACUAUCCAAAGUCCACCAGAAAUUAGAUGUGAUGAUAGUGAUUCAGACACAAGUUGUUGCUCACAGGAUGAUGCAAUAUCUGUUCAAACUGAAACAGGAGUUAAAGGACAAAAAGAUAUUAAUUUAAUUGAAUAUCUAUACGGAGAGAAUAUAAUACUAAUUGAAGAUAAUAGAACAGCCACUCGAAUAAAAUCAUUCAAAGGGGGCCUCUUAAUAUGUGACAAUAAGAUGCAGCCUAAUGAAUUAUUUCAAAUACUAAUAGUAAAAUGUAAUACAAAUUAUGCAGGAAGCAUGCGCAUUGGUGUAGUUAGUUCUCUGCCAGAAACUCCAUUGCCAUCUGAUAUCAAAGAUUUAAUUAAAGAAGAUGUAUGGUAUUUUUCUGGCAACCAAGUAUGGUACAAUCAAUCAUUGAUCAUGAAUAACUAUUGUCCAAGCUUAGAUAGGCUGAGAGAGGGUGAUAGAGUUGGUAUUAAGUACACAGCGGAUCGAACAUUACAUUUGUUUGUGAAUGGCUAUGAUCAAGGAACUGCUGUAUAUAAUGUACCUGAGGUUAUUUAUGGAGUGAUUGAUUUGUACGGUUGUCAUAUUUCGGCUAAAGUAAUACAUACAGAUCAAGAUUCUAAAACAAAUGUGCAAAUGAUUUCUUCUCAGUGUAGUGAAAAUACAUCAGAUAUAUCUGAAUCAGUUAAAGUAGACACAACAAUUAAUGUUCUGAAAAGAAUGACCGUACUAGAUGAAGAUAUGAGUGAAUGCUGUUCAUCUGAAAUCAGUUAUUUUAUAGAUGAGUCUACAUAUAAAUUAAUGAGAUUUAAUGACUGGCGAGGUCGCAAUGUACGCUUAUCACGAGAUGGCCGUACAGCAACUAGAACAGAAAGUUAUCAUCACGGGUUAACAAUGACAUCAGAUAUUUUACUACCAAACUCUUUAUUCCAGGUUGAAAUCCAAACAUUAAAUAAAAAGUGGGAAUCGUCAUUAAUGAUUGGCGUAUCCAAGAUUACAUGUACUAAUAAUUCUGCACCAGCAACAGCAUUAUCUUUAAAGGGAUAUGAUAGCACAUGGAUAAUUUCUGGUGAUUCUGUAUAUUUUGAUGGCCUUAAAAUUAAAAGUAAUUACGGUCCAGAUUUGAAUUAUUGUUUACCAGGAGAUAUCAUUGGAAUCAUGAUUGAUGGAGAAAAUCGCUUAAAAUUGUUUGUUAAUCGUAUCGAUUUUGGAGUAGCUGCAAUUAACAUGCCAGCUGACUGUUAUGGUGUUGUCGAUUUGUAUGGGCAAUGUGAACAGGUGUCUAUAGUAAAUCCCUUUAUUGACUUGUCGCCUGUUGAUCCUAUCCCAAAUAUGCCUCUGGAGUGUGACUUAUUACCUGAGGAUGCCAGUCAACCAAUACCAUCUGAAGAAAAAGCUGACUUUGAAGGUGAUGAAAAACAAAGUCCAGCAUGCGAAGAAACAGAAUUGGCAGAUUUAACUUGGAUGAAAACGGAUAAGACCAAUGAAAAUGUUUUGGUCGCAAGUGGCCAUGAUGUUAGAUCUCGUUCAGCUGAAUUGGCUGGAUGGAUAGAUGAGGAAGCAAGUACAUCUACACUGAGAAUGUCAAAAAUUCGUGCAGGAAAAACAUCUGGUUAUUAUACUCCAGAUACAAGAGAACGAAGACAAAAUGAAAUUUUAAAAUCUCUUCGUCUAAAACAAUGUCAAUAUUUUAAUUUAUCAUCAAAAAUCAGAGCUUAUCUUAGUAUUCCAGAUGCAUUUUUCUUAGAUAAAGGUCAUACAUGCUAUUGUGAUGGAUGUAAUUUGUAUACAUGUGAUGAAAAUAAAUUAUCUAUUGAAACGGGUUGGUGCAAAUUUUUACUCCGCAAACAUCCUAAGUUCAAUAAUUUACUUUUGGAUAAAUGGCGAUCAGCAUAUGUAGGAAGGUCAUUUGACAUGAUCCGCAAUUGUUUGGAUAAUGGAAUUUUAACUGUUCUAGAUACUGAACCGGAGGACAUUAUACUUUAUCCAUACUUAAAGCGUACAGUAUGUUGUCAAAACAUAAAACCAUUUGGGUAUUAUGAUCUUGAAACCAAUAACCAGUAUAAGUGCCAUGCAGCUUUUGAGUUGAUGAUUGAACAAGGUUCAUUUGAAAUCGGCGAAUUGUUGCCAAAAUCUAGCAGAACUGAUUGUCAUCAAAUUUCAUCACUAGUAAUUCCAAAAAUUGGUACCAAAACCGUACUCACUGCUCUUUAUUUUAGAUUUGACAGAGAUAUAAAUUAAAUUAAACUAGGGAAACAUUAGAUUACUAUUAAGAACUUAAAAGACAUUGAUCUCACUUAUUUUUGUUAUAUUUUUUUUAUUAUUAUUUUCAAUAUUUGAUAAAGAACAAUUAUUAUAUCA